AUAGCGACCCGUCUGCUUCCUUCCAUGGCAUAUUCUUACAAAGCUGCAUAUUCCCCGACUCCGUCGGCACGAUCGGUGAGUUGCUCCACAGAUGCAUGAACCGAGGAGAGUGAUCCACGCCACCUUGUGUGACACGUCCGCUGGUUGGGCUCCACACACCACUCAGUGGCUCUCAUGAACAACCUCGUCACUGUUGAAUCCAGCCUCAGUCCCUCCUUAUCUGGAUUGGCUCUUUUGGCGAUACUGAGGCCACAGAGAUAAGCUUGUCGAGAUCGUAGAUCGAGGAGAAGCCACAUGGCCUCUCAUCACAUUCUAUCUUUAUUUCUGUGCAUUUUAGCUGUGAAGCCCUAAAAGAUGAAUCAUCACUCAGCUGCAUCAUGAUGUUCUUCCAAUUAACUUAUCUAGUUUUUGUUGUAAUCCAUCCUUUUAGGUUUCAGUACAAUGAUAAGAUUGAGAUUUGAGUCAUUGAAACCUCUUACUAUUUAAGGGGAAGACCGCAUAUAUUAUCUUAGAUCUUGCAUUAAUGGAAAGUUCCUUACACUUACUUGAAUCACCACCAUCAAUCACAAGGACCCAAAGGAGAUCAUCACCAUGGCCAGGGAGGGUUAGCAGCAGCAGCAGCAGCAGUCAUUCAUAUGCUUGCAAAGCCAUGCAGAAGAGGGAAGUGGCCAGUAAACCACAUGUCAAAGAAUCCACCACCACCUCUCCUUCUAAUCUCCGAGCCUUCUUCGACCCUCCUCCUCCUUCUUCACCUUCUCUCUACUGGUAGUUGAUUGGUUCAGAUCGAGUUCUCGUUCUUUCUGCACCAGGAUCAGGAUCAUGGCAGCCUGUGGUAGCUUGAGCUCCUUGUUUGAGAAGCCGAGGCCGGAAAACCCGACGCUGAUGGAGUCCCUGUCAUCCUGGAGCCAGAUCAUGGCCAAGAAGCCGGUGGACAAUGCCUGCAGCUUCACCGAGAUCUUCGGCGAGUUGCACUUCCAAGAGAAGCCCGCGCCGCCUCCGGAUUCCAACCACGGUUUCCCUCUGAAGAGUUCGGACAAGCUGCAGCUCUGCACCGAAAGGCUCGGCUCGGAGAGCUCUGAUGAUGUUGACGACCUGGUCGAGGAGGAUGGUGAUGACCGGGGCAGCGAUCGUUGGAAGGAGAAGCAGGCUGUGGUUGGCGGUGGACAUCCGAACAACUGUUCUGAUGUGAGGACGAGGACAGGUGGCUUUCCGCCUCCCAUUUCUUCUAUCGGGAAGAGCGGCAAGCCAUGGAUCUACUUCAAGUCUUACAGGCAUGAGGGGAGGUUUGUUCUGAGGGAGAUCAGAAUCCCCACCAAGGAAUUCUUGCACGCUUCGCGCGAAGAUGGCCGGCUCAAGCUGCAACUAGUCCACCCGGAUGAGGAAAUCCCUGAAGGAGAUGAAGACGAAGAUGAUGAUGAUGAUGAUGAAGAAGAAGAAGAAGAAGAAGAAGAAGAAGAAGAAGAAGAAAAAGAAGAAGAAGAAGAAGAGAAGACAAAAGCUAUCCAAGGCAAUGUUGAUUAAUCCAUGCUAAUCAUUGUCCAUCUUUUUCUCUGAAAGCAAAUCAAAAGAAAAAGGAGAUGAAAAGAACAGUAUUUAUGAAAGUGUUACUGCAAACUGUGCUUUUUUGUUUCUUCAGAUGUUUGCAGUUAGAAUUGCAGAUGAGUUGAAGCUAUACAAAUAUGUUACAUUUUUGCUAGGGGACAAUAUCUUUAACCAAGAUAAAUGAUCCAUAAAUGUUGAUUCUUAGCACCUA